GUUAAAUUUGUAGGUGGCGUUGUGUUUGACAGGUGUCGAUGAAGACGAAGUGAUCUGCCUGGUCAAUAUUUACGAAAACAGUAAACAAUCUGGUACAAAAAUUGUAUGUACCACCUGUACACAGAUAUGCCUCUUAUUGAAGGGGUAGGAGAUGAAGUUACUGUUGUUUUUACCAUUUUUUUACUAUUUCUAAUUCUCUGUAUUGCAUGGGUGUCAACAAAUAUUCAAGAACUACCCUUCUUUAGUAUCAUUGUAAUAGACUUUACCAGAAGACAGAAUAGAAAUGCACAACAAACUAACAGUCUUGAAGCUAGUGAUAGUUCUGCCGUAAGUUCAACCUCUAGUGAGGAAUCAACAGGGGACCAGUCCAUUCAGGAGGAGACUGACAAUGCCAGUAGGUCUUCUUCUGUGGAAAGUGUAAACGAACAAGUGACUGGAGCAGAAAGUCGAAUUCCAGUUCAAACAGAUGAUGUAUCAAAGUCAAAGGACAAAAAAGAGUUAUCUAAUGAAAAUGUGGUUAUAGAGGAUUCAGGGGAAGAUGGGGUUUUAGGGGACAGAAACGAAGAUUGUGAUGACUUGCCUACAACAGAAACUGAACUGAGACGUAGGAGGGUUGCAUUCUUUUCUGAUAAAAAUCAAGUUAUAGAGACAAAAAAAGAAAGUAGUAAUCAAGAAUCAGAGCCAAAUGUUAUAAAUGACAAAAACCCAUCAAAUUCACCAAACAAUGAACUUCCAUCAAAUUUACCAAACAAUGAACUUAAUAAUAAAUCUGAGUCUAUUAGAAAUGAAACUGAAGAUUUGAUUAAUGCUGAAUUUAAUGUUACAUCUGAAUCGGAAACUAAUUCUAGUCAGAGUGAUAGAGUUCGGAUACGACUGAAAUACCUAAAUGACACUCAAAGAAAUGUAGAAGCAUCUUUAGAGGAUACAGUCGAACAGUUCAGAAGGGCACAUUUUGCAGAAGAGCUUGAAGCAGAUAAACUUGUUCGAUUCAUUUUCAAUGGUCAGGACCUAAGGAAUGAUGCUAACACACUACAAGCCUACAAUAUUGUUGACAACAGUGUAAUACAUUGUCUUAUUACUCAAGUUAAUCGCCAAAAUACAACAUCUGGUGUAGAGAACGAAGAUGAAGGAUUUGAUGUUGGCAUGCUAAUGCUUCCAUGUUUUGGAAUCAUUUUAUGCUUUAUGUGGUACCUAAGAUUUGAAUAUCGUCAAUUUUUUUCUGGGACAUCAACUGUAUGCUUAAUAGGCAUGUCUUUGCUUUAUAUAGCAGCUUUGUUGGCAAUGAUGGAGAAUAGAAGAAGAGGACACCAUCAUGUCCAUGUGGAUUGAAUUUUAUAGGAUUCUAUCUAAUGUUUCUUUUUUUUAGGGUUCUCAAAAUUGUGCUGGUGACUGGCAACUUCACAAUUUACUUCGUCUUAUUCCUGGAAAAAAAAAUUAAAAUUUUGGUUAAGUGUCACCUUCUUUUUACAAUUAAGCAAUUUUCAACAUAUAUAUUUGAGAACCCUGUUUUUUAUUUAUUUCAAUCUUGUAAUAUAUAUGCCUCAGUCAGUAUAAGAAAAGUAUGGAUUUGACAACCUCAUGAAACUUGAGUACUGAAAUAACCAAAUGAUUGUUGUUUUUUUCUCAACUUGACAGAUACUACUACUAGGUUUGUUUUCAAGUCAUCAGCUGAAAAGAUCACACCUCACAGCAAGAACAAGUUUGCCUCUUUAGUCAGAUAUUAGUCUUUCAUACUAGUUCAAAUCUGGUUUUACUCAAAUGAUAAGACAUUGUUCCUGAAUAUUUUUUUU